AAGAAGAAGAAGGCGGAGGAGGAGGCGGCGAAGGAGAAGGAAGCGGUGUUUGCGGAGAAGAGGAAGGUGGAGAAAAAAGUGGUGGAGAAAGAAGAGGACGGCGACCAGCCGGAAGAAAGGAAGAAGAGGCAGAAGGUGGGGGAGGAGGAGGAGGAAAAGGAAAACUCGAGGAGGGUGGAGUUUCCUCUUUCGAGGUGAGGAUUCGGAAGCGGAAGAAGCGCUGAGAGUACAGUGGAAAAGGAAGGAGGGAAGAAAGAAGAAGAAGAAGAAGAAGAAUGACGUCGUCGUCGCGGGCCGCCUGAUCGUUAGAUCGCGCCUAAGACGGAAGCCCGCGAGCGACGCUUCCUCGUUGGCAGGAGCGUGACCUUGGGAGCAAGAUGGUCACGAGAACGCUCCUGAUACUCUCGUUGCUCCUCCUCGGUGCCUUCGACGCGCCUGGCAUCGAGAGAGCUCGCGUCGGGUAUUUCGCGAUGGCCGGUAAUGCUUGCAACGCUUGUAGGAUGCACGAGGAGAUCAGAGCACUCAGUCUCGAAGCUAUCAAAGAACAGAUACUCAAUAAGCUCGGAUUGAAGCAGGCACCUAAUAUGACUGGCAGGGCCUUACCGAGAAUCCCGUCUAUUUCGAAACUCAUGGACAUGUACGGGAUGCAGGCCGAUCAACCUCAACCCGUAGAACCUGGUAUCACUCAUCACGAGGAAGUCGAUGAGUACGCCGCCAAGACCGAGAGCGUCUUUGCCUUGGCACAACCACAUCAAAGGCUAAGGCAUUCAAAAGGAAGUCUAGACGUGUUGUACUUCAAGUUCUCCGACAAGGUAAUUCAGCAUCGAGUGACGAGAGCAGAAUUGUCUCUUUGGGUUUGGGGUACCAAUCAGGAUAACGAUGAGCCGAGCGACUCAGUUGAUAUGGAUAAUUUGGAGAUUCAUCACGAAGGUCCUAUGACGAUCACUCUUCAAAGGAUCCUUCGUGGUGUCACAGAGUCGGGUGGCCCGCUGUUGGGCCCACCGUUAACGACGAAACAUCCUCGACCGACCGGUCGCAGAGGUGCUUGGAUCACGAUCGAAUUAAGAAGAAUGGUGGCCGAAUGGUUCAAGCAUCCUAGAGAUAACUUAGGUGUCGCUUUAAAAAUUUCUGGUCCUGGUGGAAAUCAUCGUAGGAAUUCGAGACUUGUCGAGACGAAUCCCGGGGCUGAGUUUGCUCCGUAUCUCGAAGUGCAAACACAAGAAUUGGACACGAGAAGAGGAGGUAGGAUUAAGAGAAACGUCGGCCUUAAUUGCGACGAGGCUAGCCAAGAGACGAGGUGCUGCCGGUACAAGCUCACGGUGGAUUUCGAGAAAUUCGGCUGGGAUUGGAUAAUCGCGCCUAAAAAAUACGACGCGAAUUACUGUUCGGGCGAUUGUCCGAUGGCUUUUCUGCCAGCCUAUCCGAAUACCCACAUAGUUAGCUUGGCGGAACCGCCGAACAACACGGGUCCAUGUUGUGCUCCGAGAAAGCUUUCGGAGAUCACGAUGCUCUACUUUGACAACGAGUAUCAAAUAGUUUUCUCGCGGCUACCAGGCAUGGUCGUUGAAAGAUGCGGAUGCUCAUAGUCCCCAUUACUUCCAUUCUGGAGAAGCGAGAACGAGGAAGAUGUGUGUCGUUGGUUCGUUGCUGGUGAAUUCUCCAUGAAGAAGAAAAAAUAAAAAAAGGAAAAAAGAAAAACAUGGGAAAAAAUAAAGAAAAAAUUCUUCAUCCGAUAGACUGAAAGUGCCUUGUUCGGAAGUGUUAGGUGCCGCGCGCUUGAACGCUUGAUGCGUAGAAAAUGGCGGCCGAGAGAAAGGAAUGAACAAAAAAUGAGAAAAUGGAAAUAAGAGAAUAGAAAGGAAUCAAUGGAAGAGGAAAAAAUUCGAGCGGGCAACCUCGAUGAUGAAUCCACAGCAAGGCGAAUAGUUCCUAGAGUCACGGUAUUAUUUUUAAGGCGCCAAUGCGUUUGCUCCUGAUUCAAGAGAACGACCUUUAUAAGGCAUUUUGAUUUCUUCCUCGUUACGUGUUCCCCAUACAUCUCUUCUCUUAUUUUUAAUUCGAUUUCUCCUUUCCUUCGUUUCGGACGUAGAGACGUUAACGACGAAGUUCGAGCACACUGAUCCCGUCCCUUUUUUUCGAUUAUUGAAAUUUCUCUCUCUCUCUCUCUUUCUCUUUCCCUCUCUCUCUCUCUCUCUCUCUCUCUCUCGUGCUAUUAGCGAUUUGUAAUACUACAGCGUUUGCUACGAUAACAAAAAUGAUGACAUCGUUCGUCUUACAUUUAUGAUAUACGUAGCAACGAUCAUUGUUGAUCGGUGAGGACGUACUGGCCAGAAGAUCUCGGUGUACAGUGAAAUAACAUUGUUUUUUUUUUAACAUUCUUCUUCCCCCAAUCUUUUCGAAAUUUAAUAAUCUUUUUCCUAUCUAUUCGUUUUUGUUUUCUUUCCUUUCCUUUCCUUUCCUUUCCUUUUCUUUUAUUUCUGGUUUUAAAUCGAUAUUACGAGUGAUUGUGAGAGAAUGCGUAUGAACCGUGAAUGUGUACAUAAAGUAAUCCAAGCAAGUGUGGCAUAACUUUUGUCAAAUUUUUCGAUUCGUAUCGAAGAAUUCGUAGAGGAGCCAUUUAAUUAGCGAAGCUCCGUCUCUUUUUUAACGUGAAUAUCUAAUAGGUUAAGUUGUAGAUAAAAAAUGUAACUGACCCGGGCAUGCGUCUUUUAUUAAAUUUUAUCGUACAAUAAUGAAGGUUUCCUUCCUACGCCAUUUUAUGAUAAUUCGCGAAUACGAUUUAACGAAUUACUCGUUAAAAUUUUUGAUACAUCUGAAUACAUUCAGCCUUCUUUUUUCCUCUCUCUCUCUCUCUCUCUCUCUCUCUCUCUCUCUCGCUCUCUUCAUCUAUUUCCUUUCUUUUUAUUCUUUACGGCUUCGAAUUUUCAAGUUAUGUGCACCGUAGUGAACUUUUCUAAAAUAGAUAAUUGACUUUGCACCGUCUCAAAAUUUACAACAAAUAAUUAUGUGAGGAAAGUGUAUAAAAAUAUAUUAGGUGUACAAAUGAAUAAUCCAAAUUUUUAUGAGUGGUUAAAAAAUAAAUAUCAAAGUUGAUUGAUUUUCUCUUUCUUUUGCAAUUAUAUUGUGUUGGCAUAUAGUUGUUAGAAGUGAAAAUCGAUUUGACACAAAACUGAAUGUAAUAAUCUCAAAUUGUAUUCAGUUUGGUAAAAUCGAACAUGGCGACGGAUAAAAUGCACAUCUGACAACGUGUGAGAGUGUCUUCCUAUAUUUAAUAAGCAGUAUAGAAAAUCUUUCUUGCGGACAAUUAAUCUGAGACGAAAAAAUGAUGGGAAAAUUCCUGAGGAAGCAGUAAAAUCGGUUGGAAAAUUUAACUGGUUCGAAAAACAGUUAUUGCCCUGCAUUUGGCGGAAUAUAAAAGUUGAAACCGGGUAAAACAGUACUGCGGACUGUUAUCGACGUCAGCUAAUCAGCUUGAGCCAAGAAUUGGAACGAUAAAGUCCGUAUACUGGGAAAGAAGAACGUCCUGUGAAAUUGUUGCAAUGACAACGUCAGACCACACGUUGCUUCUAAAGAUAUCAUGAGUUUUGGCGGGAUGUCCCGGGGCGUCUAAUAUAUUUACCAGAUAUUACUUUGUUGGAUUACCGCUUAUUCCGAACGAUGCAACAUAUCCUUAUCCAAUAUACACUUCCAAUCAGUGAAUGAGAGAUAUAAAAAUGGCUUAACGAUUUAAUUGCAUCCAAAGAUAUAUUGUAUAUUUUUAAGACAGAAUUCAUCACUUGCUUCAAAAAUGGCUUAAAUUUAUAGAAAGCAACAACGAAUAAUUCGAGUGAAAAACUUGCUUCAUUUGAUUUCAAAAUAAACCUUGAGCUUUGUUAAAAAAAAAAGAUUGGAUUAUUCAUUCGUAGAUCUAAUAUUUCGAUACUAUUUCUUAUCGAGGCUACUCUCUUUUCCUUACUAUCGUUUAGAAUUAAGGUCUUUCGAACGAAAAGGCAACCACCUCUUUUAUAUUCUUUUUUUUUCUAUUUUUGUUGUCCUUUUAUCUUUGUCUUCUUUUUCGCUCUUCGUUUGUUUGUCAGUGUAUCUAUUAUUAAAAGUAAUGGAAUUGUGUACUCUCCAGUAUCCGAACGAGAACGACAAAGAAAAAAAAAUGCAUACUUAUAUGUAUAAUGUGUACUUCUUAGGUAGAAAGCAUAGAUAGAAAAAUAUUUAUUCGAUAAAAUAAAUGGUUUUUUCGAGAAACAAG